AUGGUCGUAAUGGCCCUAGACGGCAGUCUUACCAAGGUGCAGCCGUCGCCGUCGUCGUCGGCGCUCCUACUGGCGUCGCCGUGGAAUCUGGGUAUCCUGCCGCAGACGUGCGUGCUCGCGCACGGCAAUGCGAAUGGCAAUUCUGGCGGCUCGGACGGCCGCCAGGACGAGUCGCCGGAUAAUGAGGUCACAGAUUCGCUGUUGACGGCGUGCGACAAUGCGCCGCUGGAGGCGCUGGAGAUCGGGUCGCAGGCGCGCGAUCCUGGAGACGUGUACGACGUUUUUCCGCUGCUGGCGAUGCCCCUGCGACUGCUGGGAUCUGGGCGAAACAGCAUGCCGAUUUCGUGGAGGAUUGUAACCAUCGCAGCGGACGACGAGCUGGUGACGAGCGGGCAGCUGAAACAUUCCAUGCGCGAUUUGCUGGAUCGCGUUCGCGAGUGGGCGAAAAAAGCAGAAUCCUUUGGCGAAAUAGUGGGACCAGGUCGCUCCCCCAAUCUCUGCUUUGGCACCUCCGCAUCGCGCUCGCCCGCGGAAGCAGCCAACAGAGAGGCGGGCGGAAGUCAAUCCGGACUUCAAGACCCGAGAAAUAAGAGCGAGGAGAGGGGAGCGCGGGGCGGCAUAAGCGGAGGAGCAUCGCUGAGAAGGAUCUCAAGAAUCGGUGUUGGAGAUUCAAAGAUUGAACACGAGGAGAGAGGAGUGGAGGAAGCGGAGGAGGAGGAAUGGGGUAAGACUGCAAGGGAAGCAGAUGAGAAGGAGCAAGUGGAGAAGGCAGCAAGGCAAGCCUGGGAGGCAGAGGAGGCGGAGAAAGAAGCAGAGCAGAGGGAGCAAGCGAGGGAGGCGGUGCAAGCAGUGCUGUAUGCGCACAGCACUUGGCGAAUCCUCUGCCCCACUCUGCACCGACCUGCUCUCAAGCGUCUGGAGAAUCGCCACCAUGACAGCUCGCACCUACCCGAAAAAGGCCAUGGCAGCUCACAGCUGCCCGAAAAAGGCCAUGGCAGCUCGCACCUGCUGGGGAAGCAGCAGCAGCAGCAGGAGCGACAGGAUAGGCUUUUCCGCAGCCCUGUAAUUUCGUGUCACAUGUCCACUGCUCUGCCGGUUCCCUCGUGGUCCUUCUCUUCCUCUCCUUCUUCUCCCUCUUCUUCUCCGUCUUCUUCCCCCUCACAUUCGGCCUCGUAUAAGGCAGCUCCGUUACUGUCCAGGGCUGCAUGCUCCAGCCGAGCGGCGUAUCAACUCUUUAAAAGCAGAUCUGAUACGGAUAUUAAUGCCACGGGCGUGUGGAGGCUGAUUGCUCCUCCAGAGAGCUAUGGGCUUCCGGGGCUGGCCUCUGCUGCUCAAUCCCCUUCUCUCACUCCAUCUCAAUCCCCUCCUCUCCCUCCGUCGUCUCAAUCCCCUCUGACUCCCUUGCCGCUGUCCCCUCCUCUCACUCCUGUGUCUCAAUCCCCUCCUCUCACUCUCUCGCACUCCUCCACCGCGCCUCCAUCCCCUGCUGCUCGCCGUUCCAGCGUGCAAUCAGCUGGGAGAACCUCCACAGCUUCUUCUCCAGGAGUCAACUCCCCCUUUGCUCGCCCAUCCACCUUCAAAUCAGCCAGCACCACUGCAGUUUCUCCAAGAUUUGCCUCCCCGUGUGCGCGCCGGUCCAUCUUGAAGUCUGCCAGCACCACGGCAGCAUCUCCAGGGCCCGGCAAGCGCGUGUCGUGGAGCCUUGACCCAGAUGCCUCACCUGCCGCUGCCAUUGCUGCAGCUGCCAUGGCAAGGCCGGCAGGAAAUGUUUUUGAUAGGAUCGCUGGAACCUUCCUUCUUCCAAGCGCCCUGUAA